AUGCCACCCCGUCCACCUCUAGGAUUAUUCCGCAGAACAAUGUCUGGCGAGAAGAUCCUCGAAGGCGUAUUCGCCGUCCACAAGCCGCAAGGCGUGUCCUCCGCCGACGUGAUCCGCAACCUGCAGAAACACUUUAAUCCCUCCAAGGCAUUCAAGCCAUGGUUAGAGUCGGAGCGCGCCCGCCGCGAUCGUGAGAGCGGCUUCCAGCGCAAACGCCGUCGCCACCAACGCCUAGAAGUCAAGAUCGGCCACGGCGGCACCUUGGACCCGCUCGCGACAGGAGUCCUCAUCACAGGUAUUGGCAAGGGCACAAAGUCCCUGCAGGAUUUCCUCGCCUGUACCAAGAGCUACGAAACCAUUGUUACCUUCGGCGCUGAGACAGAUACCUACGACCGCCUUGGAAAGAUCGUGCGCCGUGCGCCCUACGAGCAUGUUACACGCGAAGCAGUUGAGAAGGCGCUGGAACAGUUCCGUGGCAAGAUCAUGCAGCAGCCACCUAUUUUCUCUGCGUUGCGAGUGAAUGGAAAGAAGCUAUACGAGUAUGCGCGUGAGGGCAAGGUCCCUCCGGUAGAGAUUAAGCACCGACCCGUUGAGGUCUUGAACUUGGAGGUGAUGGAGUGGUAUGAACCUGGCACGCACGAGCACAAAUGGCCCGAGGCGGAGAUGACUGGGGACGAGAAGGCUGUUGCUGAGAAGCUUCUUGAUCAGGAAGCCGCCGCACCUGUCCCCUCAGCCGAGGGUGAGAUUGUCAGCGAAGACCAGAAAGCUUCUGCUGCCAAGCGCAAGUCGCCGCCCCCAGCGGAUGAGGUGAACGAUGAUAGUGCGGAGGCUACUAAGAAGCAAAAGGUUUCCGAGACCGAGGCGGCACCCGCAGCACCUGAGCCUGUUGCUCCCGAGCCUGCAACCACCGAGGCGCCUGUUACGUCCACAGAGGAGCCGAAGCCCCAGCCUCCGGCUGUGAAGAUCAAGAUGACCGUCACAUCUGGCUUCUAUGUCCGCUCGCUGGCACAUGACUUGGGCAAGGCUGUUGGUAGCGCUGCUUUGAUGUGCGAGCUAGUGCGCAGUCGCCAGGGUGAUUACGAACUUGACCCUGAGAAGGUUCUGGAGUACAAGGACCUCGACGCUGGCGAGGAGGUCUGGGGUCCCAAAGUGGAGAAAUUCUUGACAGAGUGGGAGGAGAAGAGGACGGCCGCCCUUGCUAAGGCUUAA